CUCUAUCUGUCUAUCUGUUUCUGAAAAUAAGACGGAGAGGGAUGGAGGGAGCGAGAGGAGGAUCUCCAGCAUCCUUCGCUUUCUCUUUCUCUGGUCUCAGCCGGAGCGCGCGUGCAGGGAGAGUGAGGAGAUGGGACCGUACCCGUUCGGAUCGGGCACGGCUGCGAGCGGGUGGGCGGCCGCCGACUCGGGCCCGCAGUGCUCCGCCUCGGAGAUCGACGGCCUCCUCGCUGGCGCCGGCUACCGCGUCCGGUCAUCGGAUCUGCUUCACGUCGCGCAUAGCCUGGAGCGGCUCGAGUCGGCCAUCGGGGGAGGCCCCGCCGACCACCUCGCCUCCGCCGAGGCCGUCCGUUACAACCCGUCCGACCUUACCACCUGGGUCAACUCCAUCCUUUCCGAGCUCUCCUCUUCCCUUCCGCCGCUGCGGCCACCUCCCGCCGCCCCGGUCGCGGGGACGUGGCCGGAUCUCACGUGCUUUUCCCUCCCUUAUCCGCAGUAUCAGACGGCCGUCAUCGCCGCUACCCGGCAGCGAGAGGAGGAGGAGGGCUCCGCUAUCCGUUUAGUUCACCUCCUCGUGACCUGCGCCGACGCUGUCCAGCGCGGCGACUCUGGCCUGGCUGGUAACAUCAUCGAGGAGAUGCGGGUCGUGCUCACACGCGUGAACACCGGCUUCGGGAUUGGGAAGGUCGCCGGGUACUUUGUCGACGCCCUCUGUCGGCGGAUCUAUUCGCCCUGCUCCUCCUCCUCCUCCGCCUCCGUCGCCGGAUCGGCGGCGGAUCAAGAGAUUCUCUACCAUCACUUCUAUGAGGUCUCCCCCUACCUCAAGUUCGCCCACUUCAUGGCUAAUCAGGCAAUCUUGGAGGCAUUCGACGGGUACGACCGCGUCCACGUCAUCGAUUUCAAUCUGAUGGACGGCCUCCAGUGGCCGGCGCUGAUCCAGGCGCUGGCUCUCCGCGCCGGUGGGCCCCCCUUCCUCCGUCUCACCGGGAUCGGGCCACCCUCCCCAGACGGCCGGGACGCGCUCCGCGAGGUCGGCCUCCGCCUGGCCGAGCUCGCCCUCUCCGUCCGGGUCCGAUUCGCCUUCCGCGGGGUCGCCGCGUCCCGGAUAGACGACGUGCGGCCGUGGAUGCUCCAGGUCGUCCCCGGCGAGGCGGUGGCCGUCAACUCGGUCCUGCAGCUCCACCGCCUCCUUGGCGACCCAGGCGAUGAUGCCGCGGCGCCGAUCGACUCGGUGCUGGGCUGGAUCGUGCGGAUCCAGCCCAAGAUCGUGACGGUGGUGGAGCAGGAAGCGGACCACAACAGGCCGUCCUUCCUGGACCGGUUCACGGAGGCGCUCUUCUACUACUCCACCAUGUUCGACUCUCUGGAGGCCGGUGGAGGUGCCACCCAGAAGCAGCAGCAGGCGGUGGCGGAGGUGUACCUCCAACGGGAGGUCUGCAACAUCGUGUGCUGCGAGGGGGCGGCCCGGGUGGAGCGCCAUGAACCGCUGGUGCGAUGGCGGGCACGGCUGGGCCGGGCCGGUCUCAGGGCGGUCCACCUCGGGUCCAACGCUUUCAAGCAGGCCAGCAUGCUGCUGACCCUCUUCUCCGGCGAGGGCUACUGCGUCGAAGAGGUAGACGGCUGCUUGACGCUCGGGUGGCACAGCCGUCCCCUCAUCUCCGCCUCCGCUUGGCGGGCUGACGCUGACGUGGCGCCACUGCCGGAUAGCCAACUCUUCAACCCUGGCAUUGCCGCUACUAUUAACAGUACUAGUAUCAGCGGCAACGACAAUAAUAAUACUAAUAAUUUUCAGUCGAUGCAUCACGGCAGCGGCAACGGUAACGCUGCCGCUAAUAAUCAGCAAAAUAAUGCUACCUGUGACGGUGGCGUAAUUGGGUUGUAAAAUAUCUUCAUUUUCUUUUCUUAUCAUUAAUUAAUUCCAAAAUCAUGCUCGCCACUCCUCUU